AUUGUUUUUAAUUUCUGUUCUUUUUUCAAACAAUUUAAUUCACCUCACGAUCAACUCUUUCUCUCUCUCUCUCCAGGUAAUCUCAUAUUCAUCAUCUUAUUGUGAUUGAAAACCUUACCAACAACAAUCACUCACAAGGCAAUGGAAAAGGAAAUGGAUCAACAAACUGAUUGUUUCACUUAUAGGAAAACAAAAAUGGUAACAAUUUACUAUAAGCGAUUAGAUUGAUUCCAGUGAUUAUGGAUUUACUGUAUUUAGAACAUAAUCUAAUUACUAUUAACCAAAUUUAACCGAUUAAUUGACUAAGUUAACAUUUGAAUUGGUUACUACUUCAAUACUUUUCCAUCAUCAAAUGUAAACUGUGUCAUCAACAAGAAGAAAAAAAACUACAAUCAUCAUCAUCAUCAUCAUCAUUGUUAAAACAAUAGCAACAAUCAAUCAGUAAUUACACAAUUCAAGUGAAAAACAUGCUUGCAACUAAUUUAAGUAAAAUCAAUCCUAUGAUAAUUUUAAUUGUUAACUUAUUCUUGUUGCUUCUCUUAUCACCAAGAUUAUCAAUCGGAUUACCUGUUGAUUCAAAUCGUCCACCUGAUUGUCCUGAUCAUUGUCAAUGUUUGAAAACUUCGGACAUUCUUGCCGAUGGACCUGAGGGUUGGCAAAUUGUUUGCACAGCAAUUGGAUUAACAGCUAUUCCUGAUUACAAUAUUAUCCAAUUACCUCGACCCAUUUACACCCUAGAUUUUGAUUUUAAUAGUAUAACUUACCUGAGUGUCUUUGAAAAUGUUUCAGAGAUUCGUUACCUUGAUAUAUCCAACAAUGAAGUCGCCAAAAUUGAACCUCGAGCCUUCACAAGUUUACCUAAUUUAAUUAUUCUUAAUUUAAGUUACAAUCAACUUAUCGAACUACCAAGUUCCAUAUUUGAACCUUUAGUUCACCUUAAUUAUCUUGAUUUAAGAGGAAAUCGUUUAAAAUAUCUACCUGUCAACGUAUUUUCAUCUCAAUUAUCUUUGGUUAGUUUAAGUAUUGGAAAAAAUUUCAUCAAUCGUCUGGAACUUGGAUUAUUUGAUGAAAAUCUUCACCUUGAAACUCUUGAUCUUUCAGAGAAUCAAUUAUCCUUCUUACCUGUUAAUCUAUUAUCCAAUAAUAUGAUCCUUAAAACGGUUGAUCUAUCAGCCAAUUCUUUUGAUAAAAUACCCUUUGAGACUCUCCAAGGGAUACCAAGUCUUCAAACUCUAAUCCUCGAUGAGAAUCCACUUCGAAAACUAAAUCAUCAAUCAUUUCCACCUCUUCCAAAUCUCGCUAACCUAAGCAUUCAACAUAUGCCCUUUUUAAGGUCAAUCGACGAGGUCACCUUUUCAUACCUUUGCUCUCUUGAACGGAUCACAAUUGCUCAUAAUCCAAUGUUGGUUUCAAUUGAUCCUGAUGCUUUUCUGGAUAUGCAUAAAUCUCCUAAUUGUUCCAAGUUGAAAGAGAUCAACUUAAGUAAUAACCGAUUAACUAAAUUACCUCAAUACGCUUUACCUUGGUGCUCAUUGGAUUCUGUUGAUUUAUCGGAAAAUCCUUGGCAAUGUGAUUGUGAUUUACGAUGGUUACGAGAGUGUCACCAUAUCGUUUUAAACUCUAAAAUUUUUGGGACAAUUAGAUGUAAUCAACCAGCGGAACUUAAUCAACGUGACUUUGUUGACAUUGAUGUUGAUCAAUUUACAUGUGACUCUGAUUUUAUCUUUGAAACGAGAGUCCAACGAUUUUUAAUCAUGAUCAUUGCUUUAAUUGCAUUUUUCGUUGCUGGUAUGGUUAUCGCUUUAUUCAUUCAAAGGCCAAUAAUUAUGGACUGGAUUUAUGGUCGGAAAAAGGGAAUCGGAUCAAUUUAUUACGUCAAGGCGCCGAUUCAUAUGACCGAAUAUUAAAUUUUCAAAUUAAAUCACUUGAAAGGGUUUACCUGAGAGCUUAAAAGUGCCUUAUCAUUAUAAUCAAAAUGGUUAAACAACAAUUUAAAAAAAGUUAAUCGUCAUCCAAUUUAAUGCUAAGUCAAAAAAACCAAAAACAAUCAACAGUCACAAUUGAUUAUCAAAGACAGAAUUUGCGACUAAUUGUCAAGUUUCCUAAGAAAUCACUUCUAUCAAAACAGUAUCUUUGUAAUAUUUGUAAAUAUUUAUAAUUCUUGCUUUAAUUUUUAUUCUUUACUUAAUUACUGUUACUUAAUUGAAAAUUUUGACAACAAUUAAUAAACUUUAUCGCAGCUUAA